AUGUCUCGUUAUCAGCUAUGUAGCCAGGGUCCCUUGAUGACUCCAGUGCCUCCAGCCCCUAAUGUCGCUGCUCAGGUGCAGCAGACUGAACAUGAUGAGUCCCCUUUGACUAGCUCCAGGGAUACUGACUCUUCCAGAAGAAACCUGGCUAUGCUUGAGGAUCGCUCCAUGAGCCUGAGUAUUUGCACUGCCCUGCCACGACAUCAUGCUGCCAGCGAUGCCAGGGUUAUGCCGAUACCCUCUCAUCUUCAUGGGAGUGGUGGACAUACUUCUGCUUCAUUGGAGUACAAAGAUGCUGUGGAGUUCUCUCUCUAUACAGCUGAAUGUGAUGGCCAAGCUGGUCAAGCAUAUGACAUGAGUUAUGACUCGAUACCAGGGGAAUGGCCAGAUGGCAAUCCUGAAGAUGGCCUGCCCGACGACCGAUCUGAGGGUCAGAACACAGUGCAUGGCCUUGAACAUGAGCGUAGACAUACCUUACAUGUAGAUGAAACUAGUAUUGCUAGUACUGAAUACAAUGAAGCCAAUAACGAUGAAUUUGCUGAACCUGAUUGGACUGAUGAGCAAUUGCAUGCAUUUGAAGAAGCUGAAUGCCAGCUUGAAGAAUCUGAACACACCACUCUUGAACAGCGUAAGGCUCGUAUGGAGGAAUAUCGUCACCAACCUUCCCUCAUACCCAUCCGAGUUCUGCCAGUGAAACAUAAACCUGAAUAUGAGCCAGAGAGUGGUCCCUCUGGUCCAUUGACCUUUGCCAAGGGGAAGACUGUUGAAUUUCAUGGUCAUGGUAUACCUGGCCUCAAUGAAGAAGAACUUGACCCUGAUAAUCAGCGUCGAGUUUUGGAACACUGGCAGUCCAUUCAGAAUGAGGACCCUGCUGUUCAAAGGGCAAUAUACGAAGGCAUUGUGGCUUCUGAACUUUGGUCUAAAUCUAAUAAGGAUAAUGAGGAGAGUUUCACUACCUCUACCCCUUACAAACCAGAGAAACAUAACGAAAAGCCUAAGCACAGUCGUACUGUUAGGAUUGAGGAUAUCAUUGAUUAUGAUGACCCAAUACCAGAGAAGUAUGCAGAUGCUGAGUGGAUUGGACCUAUUCCACCUGAACAUAGUUUAAUUGGUUCACAGGGAAUUGCCUCUACAAGUAAUAAGAAGGGCAAAUCUAAGUCUGUGACACCACCAUCAGCUAGCACAACCUCAGGUAAUGUGCAUAGCACUCCAAUGGGUGUACCGGCUGACUUUGAACAGCCUCAUCAAUCAUUGACUACCCCCAUGAAUGAACCAUGGUGUGCUUCAAGCCAGGUGCCUCCCAAUAGUUUCCUGGGAUGA